AUGUCCAUGAAGAAGAACACAGCACUGUUACAAAAUCCAGAAGUCAUGAUGCAAAAGGAAGCUAUGGCUAUUGAGAAGAUCAAUGCAUACAUGCAAAAAAUAGAAACAAUGGAGAAGAAAUUUGAUCCAUUACCUCAUUUUACUUUGCAUAAAGUGUUAUCUCAAAUUUCUCCACAAUUUUAUACCAAAGAUGAGUUAACACAAAUACAGAAAAUCAAUCCAGUUGUGGGUCAAGAAGCAAAUCUUUCUCUUGUUUCACAAAGUAAAGUGAAAAGAGUAGAAGUCAAUGACAAAAAAAGGUGUUGUUCAAGUAAUGCAGAUAUCAUGUCCGGUGGAGGAAGAAGAGUGAAAUCGAAGUACACAAUUAGAAGAAAACCAAUCAUUCGUAGGAAAGAAACUCUCUCAUCACCACCACCAGAAUUGCCUACUCAUGUUAAUAACAUGAUCAAAGUGUUGGAUGGUAAUGAUAUUAAAUAUAUCAUGCAUAAGACAUUGUUUAACUCUGAUCUCAGCUAUAACAACAAUCGUCUUUCAAUGCCAAUUACACAAAUUAAGUCUGAUUUUCUCACUGAAAUAGAAAAGGCAACCUUAGAAACAAGGGAUCAAGAAGGAAAACCGGUUGGUUUAAAAGUGACAGUGUUAGAUCCUUGUUUUAAUGAGUUCUCAUUGUCUUUGAAGAAGUGGAACGUGAAUACUACUAGUAUUUAUAAUCUUGUUCAAGAUUGGACACCUGUUUUGGAGAAGAAUAAUUUUAAAGAAAAUAAAAAAUUUGAUAUCUGGUCUUUUAGGGUUAACGAUAAAUUGUAUCUUUUACUCUAUGGUAAUGAGUCAAAAGAAAUUGAAGAAAGUGAAGAGGUGAAGAAUUCAAGUGUGGUUUUGAAAAUGAAGAAGAAUGAAGAUGUUAAAGAGUGA